AUGGACAUUUUUGAUAACUACGAAGAAGACGAGUACGAUAGGUACAAAGUUAUUAAGCCAGUAGUUUAAAAACAUAAGAGAUUUUUCUUCAUUCAAAAUCUUUAAAAACUUGCUGAUAAUCUUUAAGUUCCUGAUACAUACUUAGUUGAAUAUAUUUGCAUAAAAUCAAACUGUUAAAAAGAAAUUUAUCAAAAGUCUAAUUACUUAAUAAAAACAUCACUUUGUUAAGUAUAAGUAGAAGAAUUAAUAAAUGAAUUUGCUAAUACUUACUUGAAAUGUUCUAAAUGUCAUCUACUCGAGUACAAAAUCAAAGUAAAUUAAGCUAAAUCGCUAAUAUAAUCUAAAUGCGCUUCCUGCGGUUAUUUAAAAACACACCCAUUAAAAGAGGAAAUGAAUUAAUUUAUUUUCAACAAUCCUCCUGCGAUGAAAAAGAAAUUUGACAUUGAAUCAGGUAGAGGAUUCUUAAAUGAUUACAAUCAAGAUUUUGACUACUCUGAUUAAGAAGAUGAAAAUAUAAAUUAUUCUUACGAGGAUAGUGACUCGCAAAGCGAGAUCUAAGAAGAAGAAUACUUCGAAGCUUAAAAUUAGGAGAAUUCGUAAUCUGGAGAUAUAAGCUUUGAAAAUGAUUAGGAUUAAGAAAAUGAGUUAAAAGUAGAGUAAUAACCUUCUGUAAAGGAAAACGAAUAUGAUGAUAAUUAAAAUACUAAUGAAUGUGAUUCUUGUGAACAGUCCUCUUCUAAUUAAAACUAUUAGACAAUAAUUGAUAGAAAAUCCUUUUAAGAUGAUGUAAUUUAAUAGAAUAGAUUUGAGCAAUUUAUGUAGACAAAUUAGUAGAUGAAUGUUAAAAAUUCAAAUCGAAUUUUUUAAUUAUAAAGUGAGAGUUAAGUAAAUAACCUUGAAAAAGUGUGUUCCUGA